GCCACACGACAGCCAUCCGACGUCAUCUGAUAACUCCUCCAUUAUUGCGAGUCAGCGAGAGUUAGUUGACUACCUGCAAAGCUCCCCUGGCCACCUAUGGAGCAGGUAGUCGCUGGUUCGACACUCUCUCCAACAGCACCAGGGACCCAUCGAGAUGCAAAUCUAUGACCCUUCAGUUCGCCUCACGGUAGCGGAGACUUCAACGGCGAAGUAGCAAAAUCCGUUCCCGCCGGUGUUUUAAGCAUCGCUACGACUACUAAAACAAGUUCUUCAUGUCGAUUCAGCUUCUCCAUCAAAGCGAGGCUACGAUGAUCGACCUGCAAGUCCAGACAACUCACCCUUGUUCCUUGUUAUUGAGCCCACACUAACGCACGCAACCCAGGAUACUGGUGAUAUCAGUCUGUGAUCAGCUCUUGGUUCGUCCAUUAGUUAGCUUGAUACUAUUUUUCUGGUCUUACAUAGCAUGUGAGCCAUUCAGAGACAAGAACCUUCCAUCUCGUCCAUAUGAGAUGCAUCGAUCUGAUUGAACCAAGAAUUUGGAUUAUCGAUCCGGGCCGCCAGCUUGUUUAACGCAAUAAGUUGGGAUCAAGCUCUCACCAAGUGCUGUUCUUCUGUUACAUGGCUUCUUUGAAAUUGUAUGUUGGCUCCUUACUGGUUACCAGCUUCCGAUGACAACCUUGAUUGGGACCUGUUCCCCCUAACUCUGGAUCAACCCACAGGAACGCAUCUGCCUAGCUGACCCCCCAAUCUUCAGAAUGCCUCUUCGUGUAGGCAAAAUGGGCACUAAAGUAAAGUUUCAUUUCACAUGCCCUGGCCACGUUGGCACUGGGUUUGUCGUCGGGUUUCCUGCGGAAGACAAUCCUCUAAAGAAUGGUGUUGUAUAUAUUCUAUCCGUUACCCCUUGGUCUGGCAGACACUGACCUCCCUUACCCCUUCGUUUGUUUCCCCUGUGUUAGUAGACCUUUCCACAAUAUUCUUAAUUGAAAGAUCUAUUUUACUUCCUUAUCGACUCCUGUCUGUCCAACACAGGAGGGCAUUUCAACAAUCUGAAUCCAUCUACUUCCCCCCUGACCUCAACUGCGCCAGACGCUCUUUAUACACUAAUCUACCCCCGGGAUAAAAACUCUGGCUUGAGAUAUUCAAUAUCUUCCUAUAUAUAUUUUUAGAGUCAAGAUGAAGCUUGAGUCAUGUUUCCUGCUAGGCCUUGUGGCGUGUGC